UAAUUGUUAGUUCCCAUUCAACCGUCGUGCGGUGCGUUUCCUAUACCACAUUCGCUUCGAUCCUCGCUGCUAAUAUUCAACUCGUUUAAUAUCCUUUCGGUCAUAAGACAAAAAAAAGAAGGAAAAAUGCGUGUGAUCACAGUCAACCUUUUGCUGAUGGCAAUUUGUGCUUGCUCAACUCUUUGGCCAGCGAGUGCCCUGGAAUGCUACAGUUGUGUAGGAGAUGAGUGCCAUGUGGAAUCGGUUCCGACGGUUACUUGCUCCAUAGAUGCCGCUGCAGCAUUUGGAUUGGAUAUGGCCGCAUUCAAUCCGUUCAAACGGUCUCUUCUUUCCGUGAUGCCACGAGAUGCAGACGAUGACUCCACAACUGGAUCCACCACAAAUGAGGAUUCUUCAACCACCUCUUCAGCUUCAUCAACCGCAGGAUCUUCAACCUCCGAUUCUACAACAGAUUCUUCGACAGCUUCCUCCACCACAAAUGCAGAUUCUAGCUCUAGCUCAUUGGGUUCUUCAACAUCCGAUUCUACAACAGAUUCUUCGACAGCCUCCUCCACCACAAAUGGAGAUUCUAGCUCCAGCUCAUUGGCUUCUUCCACCACAGAUUCUUCAACAUCAGAUUCUACGACAGAUUCCUCGACAGCUUCCUCCACCACAAUUGGAGAUUCUAGCUCCAGCUCAUUGGCUUCUUCCACCACAGAUUCUUCAACAUCCGAUUCAACAACAGAUUCCUCGACAGCUUCCUCCACCACAAUUGGAGAUUCUAGCUCCAGCUCUUUAGCUUCUUCCUCGACGGAUUCUUCUACCUCCGAUUCUACAACAGAUUCUACGACAGCCUCCUCCACCACAAAUGGAGAUUCUAGUUCCAGCUCUUUGGGUUCUUCCACGACAGAUUCUUCAACCUCCGAUUCUACAACUGAUUCGUCGACUGCUUCCUCCACCACAAAUGAAGAUUCUACCACUAGCUCUUCGGCUUCUUCCACCACAGAUUCUUCAACAUCCGAUUCUACAACGGAUUCGUCGUCUCCUUCCUCUACCACAGAUGAAGAUUCUAGCUCCAGCUCUUCGGCUUCUUCCACCACAGAUUCCUCAACCUCCGAUUCUACACCGGUUUCGUCGACUCCUUCCUCCACCACAGAGGCUGAUUCUACCAGUAGCUCGUCGGCUUCUACGAACACAGAUUCGUCAUCGUCUGAAUCUUCCACCAGCUCUACAACAUCUUCGCCAUCUCCUUCUACCCCAACAAACUACAAGGUUGCGGCCUGUUACAGCAUCUACAAGGACGGAGUGUUGAACCGCGGUUGUGUUAAGGUGCCCGAAGAACAAUCCGGUUGCCAGGCUGUGAAGAAUGAUCUUGACAUAACUGAGGACUCUGCCGAUCAGUGCGAUCUCUGUUUGACAGAUCGGUGCAAUGGAAGCACUAGCCUGAAGGUUUCACUUGGCGCCAUGAUUCUUCUUUUGACGAUGGGACUUAAAAACGUGCUGUAAGAGAUGGUGGGAAAAUACUAUGAAUUAUGUAUAUACUUGUUAGUAAUUUGUAUUUGUAUUAUCAUUAUUAAAUAAUAAACGUUUACCUUGUA